AUGAGCUUAGCUGCCUUCGUUCCUACGAACACGCAGAAGGCGCGGAAUACUGCCGUCGCCGCAUUCAAGCGGAUGUUGGAGGAGGAGAAGGUUAGCCUUGAGUUUGUCGAGGCUAGCAUUCUCUUGGAUGCCUCCGGCAAACGUGUAGCAGCGACGAUGGACCGCUUUGGCUUCUACCUCGCAACCAACGAAGGUAAGAAAGGUAAGUUAGCCCGCAACACGUGUCCCGAGUCGGAACGGCUCGGACCGUUCCAACUCUGCGUGGGCGACGAUGAGUGCCUAAGGUCGUCCACUUGCUGUGGCCGCGGGCGAGAAGUAGUGGGCCGUGGACCGAAGGUGGAGACCCGUGGGCCGCUACCUAGAGGUAUCUUGGAGGGAUGA